AUGGCGAGCACGCUGUCGAGCGAGAUAUGGGAGCUACGCGAGGGUCUCAACGUCCCUCCAGUGCCUUGGAUUCGCGAUAAGCCGCUUCCCACCGUUGAAGACCCCCGUAAGGCUGAGCGCGACCGCAAGUACGCGGAGAACGAGGCGCGCAUCAGGGAGCUCAGGCAACAGCGCAAGGUGCUCAGGAUGAAGGCCGAGCGGAGGGUGGCGCGCGAGAAGGAGGGACUUCCCAGCGCCGGAAUGACUCGCGAGCAGCUCAUCAAGCACGAGGCUGAGGUCAAGUUGAACGACAUGGCCAAGGUGGUGGAUUUCCACGUGCAGAAGCUCGAGCAGAUGAAGGCGCGAGCGGAACAGCGUCGUUCGAACCCGUUGUUCGCCGGACAGAACGAGAAGAUCGAGGCGCUGCGGCGGCGGAUCGAGCACGAAAACGCCAUGUACGAGCUCGAACGAACGCAAAGGGCAGAGGCCGCGAAGAAGAAACAGGAGGAGGAGGUGCGACGGCAGCGGGAGAAGCACGACGAGAUCAUCGCCAAACGCGAGGAAAGCGAACGGGCCAAGAAGGAGGAGGAGGAGAAGAAACGGCGGGAGACGGAAGAGAAGAAGAGCGCGACGGAGGAGCGGCUGGAGCGGCUCGAGAGAGAGGCGAGGGAGGAACGGGAGCGCAGGGAAAAGCUCGAGAGAGAGGCGAGGGAGGAACGGGAGCGCAGGGAAAAGCUCGAGCUGGAGUUGCGGCGCGUGCGGGAGAAUCCACCAACCCCGCCACCCGCGCCGGCGCAACCGGCGACGAGCAUACCCAUCACGGACGAUUCCUUCGACGAGGACCCGCCCGGCGUGGCGAACGUCCCACGCGUGACGGAACCGACGGCUGAUGGAACGCACGUUCGGCCGCCGAAGUCCCCUGGGACGACGUCUGAAGCUUCCCCGCGUGUCGACUCGCAAAGUCACCAACCGCCGAAGGACGCGUCCGCGGAGUUCUCGGACUCGGCCGACUUCCUCGACGAGUCCAACGAGGAACGCGAGCGCGAAAAGUGGAACGCGGAGCUCGAGCGGCGGCGCAGGGAACUCGAGGAUGAGCGCGCGGCUGAAAAGGCGAAGAUCGCGUCCGAGGUUGACGCGCAGGUUGAGGCGAGGGUGAGGCUGAUGAAGGGUGAGGCAGAUAAAACUGACGCGCCGGCGGAUGACGCGCGUUACGAAGACGAUUUCGAAUCGCCCACGUCUCCGUCGCCCAGGCCGGCGGUGCCCGUCGUAUUGAGCUCUCCUAAUAAAGCGGAGGUGCGCGGGGGUCCGUCCGGCGCGGGGCACGUCGUUCCCAGGGGUGAGCGGCUUCGGGUGUUGGACCGACUCCUCGAGCGCGUGUACGACCUUCGUUUUGACGGGGAAUUUUACGACGCCGCCGACCCGAAGAGGACCGGCGAGGACGUCAUCGCGGGCGUCUUCGUUCGCGCCUGCGACGCGGUGGACGACGGGUCACCGCUGGGUGAAACCUGCGCCAUCGCGUGCGACGCGGUGACUGCGUUAGUUCGAUCGAUCCCGAAAGGCGACGGCGAACCGGCUCCGGCGUCUUUCCUCGACGAUUCAGACGACGGCGCUUUCAUGGCUCAGGAGGGAUUCCCGCGGCAUAACGACGAGCUGUCCGAGCCCGACGCGCUCUUCGCCGCGCAGGAGCUCCGCGAUCGACAGACGACGGACGGGUACGACGCGUGGACCGCGCUGUUGGCUCAUUUUUAUCAGAUGGCCGAGGCGGGCGCGGUUGAUCCUCGCGCGGCGGCGGAGGCGAUGGCGGAGAUGCUCGUCCCCCCGGAUCGAUCCAACACGUCCAGGGCGACGCGCACGAGAAAGACGGCGCGUCUCGCGCAGCUCAUUCGAGCGCUCUUCGCGUGCUACGAUCCGUUCGCCCCACCCCCGCCCGGUCACGCGCCGUCGUGGCGCAGGAACGCGACGCCCAGGUCGGUGACUCGGUCGACGGAGCGACGCGCGAGGGCGGCGCUCAAGACGGAACCAGGAGCAACGUCGGCGUCGGGCGGCGGGCUUUUCGGAACCAACCUCGCGACGUCGUUCAUCAAGCCGGGCGGCGGUAAGGGUUUAGGGUUAACACCAAACCCUAACACCGCGUCGAACGUCCCUCCGACGACGGCGUACGCGUCCCAGUUUGGCAACGGUCUGGACGACAGCGACGAGCUCGAAGCCGCGAUGAUGGCGACGGCGCCGCCUCCGCCGCGGAACACGUACCGGGCGCCUCCCCCGCCUCCCGUCGAGGUGCCCGCCAGCUCUCCUCAGGCGGCGAACACUCCCACUCCCAAGGCGGCGACGACUCCCAGCCCCGGGCGUCCGCCUCGUUCGCCAAAGGCGCAGACGCAUCAGGCGGCGGCGGCUAGUGACGGCGGCAAAAGCAAGCGGACAACCGCCAGGACGGGCCCGACGGGCGCGGCGGCGAAGGUUGGGAGCAUCGUCAACCGCGCGUUCGGCGUCGACGACGGCGACGAUAGCCUGAACGCGUCGGGGCUUUUGGAUCAGAUGGAGCCGGAAAAGUCGCUCAACGCGAGUGAUAGCUUCGACUUUUAG